AUGUCAACUGCUUCAAUUCGUCGUCGUCGUAAGCUUGAGAAAGAAAAUCCAGAAACGUAUGCUGAAUUGUUGGCAAAAGAGAGAGAGGCAGCCAAGAAGUACAGACAAGAAAAAAAGAGGCAUUGGGAAGAAGGCACCCAUAGCCAGGCUGAAAUAGAAGAAUACAAUGCACAGAAGGAAAAAAGAAGACAGCAAAAAAGAGAUUAUUACUUGAAAUCAAAGGCACGGCGUUCACGUCAAACAAAGAAUAGUGCUGGUGUCAAUCCACAUACUAAAAACUCUGAACAGGCAAAAAAGAGACCAAAGGAUAUGUCACCUAAUGAGUAUAGGGAAUAUCGAAGAAGCCAGAAAAGAGCCCAGCUGGCAGCUUUGAGUCACCAAAAAAAAACUGCUAUAAGGCUUAAAAACAGAGAAAGGAUGAGAAAAGUGCGUGAAGCAACUAAGCUGGCUAAAAUUGAUAGCACUCCUGCUGAACCAUCAGAUAGAGUUGGACGUCUUAAGCAAUCUGUUUACAAUCUGAAUCACAAAUUCAGAGCAAAAACCAAGAAACUUGCAAUGUCUCCUAUGGAAUAUGCCCAGACAGCCCUAAAUUUACUCAACCCUAGAACUCCAGAGAAAAAACAAGCUAUUAGGGAACUACAAAGAAAACACCCCUGCCGAUUUCUUUUCAAUACUCAGGAGUCAGAUGAUCUGGACGUAGAAGGUGAACUUGGUAUUCAGCUGCAAGAUUCCCUUUUGGAAGUACCUGAAGCAGAAGAAGAAAUUUCUAAGCCUGCUCACAAUAUGGUGCAGCUUUUCUACAUCCGUGAUGAUGUAUCUCAGAAGCUGCCACAUGCACAUUACUCGACAAAGCAUGGGGCUGCGAGAGUGAUGGUGCAAACUAUCAAAUCCGCCCAUCAACUGUACAAGAAGGAACACCCAUCUUUGCCUGUGAGCCUGACCCUUUUUCAGACUCUGCGACCAAAAAAUGUGAGGCUUUUGGGGUCUGUGCCAAUCGAUAGCUGCUUUUGUGUGUGCUGCGCAAAUGUUGGUUUGAUGAUAAAUGCCUUAAAUAAGCAUUUAGGCUCAUCAGGUCAAUUACCUAAUGAAACUGAGAUGCUCAGGUUUUUGACCUGCCCUACAGGGAAGGAUUGGCCUGAUAUUAAAUGUAUCGAUGGAGCUUGUGUUGAGUGUGCAAACAGAAUGAGACCAUUCCAAAUCUUCUGUAGGGACAUUUACACAACACAAGGUGUCCGGUGGAAGAGAUGGGAAAAAUCAGAAGCUGGAAAGCUGGAGCCCAUGGAAAAGGAAGGGUCCAUAAGGGACUUGCUUACAGAUCUCCAAAUAGCACUGGAGGAGCCAACCAAAGGCACCAGCUUUCUGCAGCAUCUCUUCACAGCAUUUUGGCAGUAUAGACAGUUUAAGAUUUGUAGAAGCAACCCUAAAGAAAGUACUACCUCUAGAUCUGGCAUCCUAACCACACAGAGACAUGCACAGGCAUCCACAGAGUUUCCCACAAUAAAAGAUAUGUCUACUCCACCAACAUAG